CAUUGGAUUAGUCAUAUGAGAAGAGAGUUGGCCAGUAAUUACCGUUAUCUUGUCAAGGUCUUCCAUGAAAUUGCGUACAAAGCCAAGGACAGACAAGAUCUCCUCGCUGGCAUUGACGAGUUCUUGGAUGAGGUCAUUGUCCUCCCUCCUGGAGAAUGGGACCCUGCCAUUAGGAUAGAGCCUCCAAAAUCCCUGCCAUCCUCAGAUAAAAGAAAGAACAUGUAUGCUGGAGGGGACAGCACACAGAUGAAUGGAGACACGCCUCACAGCGGUGGACAGGGGGGCGGGGGGCACGCAGUAGGUGAUGAGCUGAAGAGGACGGGGAAGUUUUGUGGAGGCCUUAUUCUUGAUGUCAAAAGAAAAGCCCCCUUUUUCUUCAGUGAUUUCUAUGAUGGACUACACAUCCAGUCUUUGUCUGCCAUUCUUUUCAUCUACCUGGGAACAGUAACCAAUGCCAUCACGUUCGGAGGAUUGCUGGGCGACGCCACAGAGAACAUGCAGGGUGUGCUGGAGAGCUUUCUGGGUACAGCGGUGACUGGAGGCCUCUUCUGCCUCUUGGCUGGGCAGCCUCUGACCAUCCUCAGCAGUACGGGACCAGUGCUGGUGUUUGAAAGGCUGCUCUUCAACUUCAGCAGGGAUAAUGGUUUUGACUACCUAGAGUUCCGUCUUUGGAUCGGUCUGUGGUCGGCCUUCUUCUGUCUAGUCCUGGUGGUCACUGAUGCCAGUUUCCUGGUGCAGUAUUUCACCCGAUUUACAGAAGAGGGCUUCUCCUCGCUCAUCAGCUUCAUCUUCAUCUAUGACGCCUUAAAGAAGAUGCUGAAGUUGGCCCAUUAUUAUCCGAUCAAUUCAGACUAUAAAAUCAAUUACGUCACACAGUAUGACUGCAUGUGUGUGGCACCCACUGAUGUCAAUUCUUCAGAUGUGUACACUGAUCCGCUUGGUUCACUUAUCUGGACAGUAAACUACAGCGAUACUCCCCUGAAUGCCACCUGGUCCUCACUGUCAAAGAAGGAAUGCUUGAAAUACGGAGGGGAGUUAGUGGGCAAAGCCUGCGACUUUGUGCCCGACAUCACCCUCAUGUCCUUCAUCCUUUUCUUUGGCACCUACACCUGCUCCAUGUGUCUGAAGAAAUUCAAGACAAGCCCAUUCUUUCCUACUACUGUGAGAAAACUCAUAAGUGACUUUGCUAUUGUCCUGGCAAUUUUGAUCUUCUGUUGUGUUGACGCUCUGGUUGGGGUCGAUACACCAAAGCUCAUAGUGCCAAGCGAAUUUAAGCCAACAAGCCCAAACCGUGGCUGGUUUGUGCCUCCGUUCGGAGGGAACCCCUGGUGGGUGUACCUGGCAGCAGCUCUGCCUGCCCUGCUGGUGACCAUCCUGCUCUUCAUGGAUCAGCAGAUCACCGCUGUCAUUGUCAAUCGCAAGGAGCACAAGCUUAAGAAAGGCGCAGGCUAUCAUCUGGACUUGUUCUGGGUAGCUGUGCUGUUAGCAGUCUGCUCUUUCAUGGGUCUGCCCUGGUAUGUAGCUGCUACAGUUAUCUCCAUCGCCCACAUUGACAGCUUGAAGAUGGAGACCGAGACGUCUGCCCCUGGCGAACAGCCCAAAUUUUUGGGUGUCAGGGAACAGAGAGUCACUGGUAUCUUUGUCUUCAUCCUCACCGGUCUGUCUGUCUUUAUGGCUCCUAUCCUCAAGUUUAUACCAAUGCCAGUGUUGUAUGGAGUUUUCCUCUACAUGGGUGUCGCUUCACUCAACGGAGUUCAGUUUAUGGACCGGCUCAAGCUGCUCCUCAUGCCUGCCAAACACCAGCCAGACCUGAUCUACUUGCGGCACGUCCCACUGAGGAAGGUCCACCUCUUCACUUUCAUCCAGCUGCUUUGUCUGGCGCUCCUCUGGGUCCUCAAGUCCACUGUGGCUGCCAUUGUUUUCCCCGUUAUGAUCUUGGCUCUGGUUGCUGUGAGGAAGGCGUUGGACUUGAUCUUCUCCCAGCAUGACCUCAGUUUCCUGGAUGAUGUCAUACCUGAGAAGGACAAGAAGAAGAAGGAAGAUGAGAAGAAAAAGAAAAAGAAGAAACAAGGGAGCAUAGACAGUGACAUGGAAGAUUCUGACUGUCCUUACAUUGAGAAUGUGCCCAGCAUUAAAAUCCCAAUGGACAUAAUGGAGCAAGAGCCUUUUUUAGGAGAUAAGGCCUCUGACCCAGGAGAAAAGUCCCCUUCAUUUCUUGACCGAUAUACAUCUAGCUGAAAAGCGGCACUACUCUCAGACCAUCCCGAUGUCAAGUUCAGAGAGACUGCCAUUAAAUGUGCCUCAGAUUAAAAUAGAUCUGGACCCAGAUGACAACGAUGACUACUACUGGAGGAGUCGAGGGUCUGAGACGUCCAUAUAACUCCUCUAACCAAUCAGCUUCAUAGAUUUUAUUAGCUCUUCCGAUUUGCAGAAAGCCAUUUGCCUAGGGAUAUUUAGUAAAGACUGUUCCCCAUCAUGGAUCCAUUCUGUGAAGACUAAAUAACGGCUUCCACUCACUUAAUCACUCCAGUUUGCAAAGUUGUAAUUCCUAAACUACUAUGCAAUUCAGUUCAAUAUUUCACUUACAGUACGUGCUGAGCUGUGAAGAAAUGCUGUAGCUGUUUUACCCAGUUCCACAACUGCUCCCUCCAUUUAUUCAUCCAAUACAAUAUAAUUCUUUUCCUUGAUUUUUUUGCUCCUCUACCUCUGUUUUACAUGGUAGGCAUUAUGUAAGAAAAUAAUGUAACUUUCUCAUGUUUUUAUUUGCACAGCAUGAGAUCUUAAUGUAGAUUUUUUUUUUUUAUGUACAUCUUGAGCAAACUAUUCAGCAAAUGAUUUUUUAUUAUGAAGAGAGAGAACAACUGUGACAAAAUAUUAUACAGUAAUGUUUAACUUGAUUAACUUUUUAAUAAUGGUUAAUGUUAUUGAUUGGCAUUGAACAUGCUGUUUUUCAUAUUUUUUCAUUUAAUAUAGCGCGUUAUUAAAUUUCAUGUUUUGUUUUACAAACUAUAUUUCUGCCUAAUUAUCCAAACACGUUCUAGUAAGCUUGAAUAAUUAAGAAAGCCUAAUAAUUGAUUUUGCAUUUCAAGUCUGGUCCGGCAGUUGUUUUGUUACCUGGUUAUGGAAAAUGUCUAAAAGAAUAAAAGUGUACGUUUAUAACCUAUAUGAACUCGAAGGUCUGUUGUCCUUCAAAGGAUUUACCUAAGUGGCUUAAACCUGAAUUGCAAUAAUAUGUGAAAUUUCUUUAGGUUUGAGAUUUUCAUGUAAUUCAGAUCACUUUUUUAAAUUGUGGUUUAUAUGUCUUGUCGUUCAGUCUCAUAUUGCAAGUUGUGUCAUUUGUAAAAAAAUAAGUGUGUCAACAGUGUGGCACAUACAUUUGAAUGAAGAUGACAUUUGUGCUGCGUCACACAGUUCAUGUCCUAAACAUGUUCUCGUUGAUCCUUCAAGAAUUCCAAGAAGUAUCCUUCGACUUCUGCUAAUUUGUCAUCAUUUUUCCCUUUUUCUUUCAAAAAACAAAAGUAUACAAAUUGUAGUAUACAUUAUUUUCGAAAUCAACUUUUAACCUUGUAAGUAUAUUUUUUUAACUUAUGUUUUUGGGGUUACCUAAAGAUGAAAUAUAUUGUGAAGCAUGUCUGGGGGAAUUCUUGAACAAUGCUAAAUGUUAAAUUGUAGAGUGUGUAACAAUGAUACAUUUUUUAAUCAAGUUUUGUGACUUUUUAGAACAAAACAGCUGAAAUUUAUUUUAGAAUGUAUAUUUUUCAAAGGAAAUGAAUAUUAAAAAACAAUUUA